AUGGGAUACCUCGAAACUACAGCAGGAGAGCCUAUGCAAUAUAUGGCUGCCGUAUAUGGACACGGUUUGAAAUACGAGAGGCCUCCAUUCACCUUUCAAAGUAACGACUGGGAGAGAUUGGCUCAAGACCAAAUGUCGAAAAACUCGUUGGGGUAUGUUUGUGGAAGCGCUAGCACGGGCGAAACCGACAGGAAAAACCGGGCUGCGUUCCAAAAGUGGUCCAUCGUUCCUCGUCGGUUGGUAAAGACGACAUCUUAUCCGUCGUUGGAAUCGCAAUGCCUGGGCAAAAAGUUGCCCGUGCCAAUUGCCAUUGCUCCUGUCGGAGUGCAACGAAUUUUCAAUCCAGACGGCGAAGUUGCUGCUGCUGCUGCUGCUGCUGAAGAAAAAGUGCCAUACAUAUACAGUUCAGCGGCUGCAACAUCGAUCGAGGAAGUAUCCAAGGCAAAUGGCGAUGGCACUCGCUGGUUUCAAUUGUAUUGGCCUUCAAAUGCUAAUAAUCAUAUUACUGCGAGUCUUUUGAAGCGAGCCAAGGAUAAUGGCUACACUGCGCUUUUUGUCACAUUAGACACUUACAAACUAGGAUGGCGUCCCAGUGAUCUCGACAAUGCAUACAAUCCGUUCCUGCGUUCAGACUCCAUUGGUGCCGCUCUCGGUUUUACCGACCCUGCAUUUCGAGAGCAGUUCAAGCAAAAAUACGGGAAGGAAAUCGAGGAAGAUGUCAAGAAUGCUGCAAAAGAGUGGGCCAGCACCAUAUUUCCAGAGUUUAGUCACGGGUGGGAAGAUCUCAAGUUUCUACGCGAGCAUUGGGACGGUCCCAUAGUCUUGAAGGGUCUGCAGUCGGUUCAAGAUGCAAAGCAAGCUGUCGAGCUUGGAAUGGAUGGAAUUGUUGUUUCAAACCACGGUGGCAGACAACAGGACGGUGGUCCCGCUUCCCUUGAUUGCCUUGCGAACAUAGUUGACGCCGUAGGAACUGAAAUUGAUGUUUUAUUCGACUCUGGCGUGCGUUGUGGAAGCGACAUUGCCAAAGCGCUGGCACUUGGAGCCAAGAAUGUUCUCAUUGGGCGUCCCUACGUCUAUGGUCUGGCUUUAGGCGGCCAAGAUGGUGUGAGCCACGUUCUGCGCUCACUACUAGGUGACUUGACAAUGACUUUGCAUCUUGCGGGAAUUCCUUCUGUUAAGCAAAUGGAUUUAAACCGCGAUAGUCUACAGUACACAGGUUGA